AUGGCACAGGUGAACCUAUCUUCUGAAACUGCAAAACAAAGCGAAACACUUGCACAACUGCGAUGCGUGGCAGGAUGGGCAGAUGGAAUACACAAGCCAAUAAUAACUCUCUCAAUCAUUAACAUUUUUCUGUCCAUUACUGCAUUUCUUGGAAACUUCCUGAUCUUAGUCGCACUCCAUAAGGAGUCUUCUCUUCAUUCGCCAUCCAAAUUUCUGUAUCGUUGUCUGGCAACAACUGAUCUCUGUGUUGGUCUGAUUUCAGAGCCUUCCGCCGUUAUGUAUUGGCUGUCCUUAGUUAACGAAUAUUGGAAUUUUUGUCUCUUUAUGCAAAUCACACAUUUUGUAGCAGGUUUUAUACUAGCAUCAGUUUCCCUUUUGACAAUGACCGCAGUAAGUGUAGACAGACUUCUCGCCCUAAUUUUGGGGCUGAGAUACAAACAAGUUGUGACUUUAAAGCGAACAUAUUUGCUUCUUAUCAUCUUUUGGAUUGUUUCUUCGAUUCUCGGUGCGACAUCGUCCUUUGUGAAUCACCGUAUAGCUAUCAGGUUUAGCUAUGUCGUUAUAGGGGUUUGUCUGAUAACAACAACCGUCUCGUACAUGAAAAUUUUCCACGGCCUUCAUCAUAACCAAAAUCAGCUGCAAGCGCAUGUGCAACCAGUUCCCCUCAACAUGGCGCGAUACAGAGAGGCAGUGCACAGUGCACUGUGGGUGCAGUUGGCAUUAGUAGUUUGCUAUUUACCGUACGGCAUAGUCACAGCUGUUCUUCCUGAAGGGAGAGCUUCUCCCUUUGAAUUUCUAGUCUCUGAAUGCGUAGAGACCUUAGUUUACUUAAACUCUUCGUUGAACCCGUUUCUUUAUUGUUGGAGGAUUACUGAAGUGAGACAAGCAGUAAAGGAGACAAUCAGACGAGCACUUUGCUUUCCGCAGACUUAG